AGAUAGCCCAGUUUUGCCUCCCCAUUCCUGAUCUUCACAUCUGCUUUCCUCUAGUCAAGGCAAGUCAUCCCAGGUCAUGCAGCAAAACGGGAUCAGUAGCGUGAAUCAGCUAGGGGGGAUCUUUGUGAAUGGACGACCUCUGCCCCCCGGUACCCGGCAGCAGAUUGUGAAGCUGGCAGUCAGUGGAGUUCGGCCCUGUGACAUCUCCAGAAGCCUCAAGGUAUCUAAUGGCUGUGUGAGCAAGAUUCUGGGGAGAUACUACCGCACAGGUACCCUGGAGCCCAAGGGCACUGGGGGAAGCAAGCCUCGCCUAGCUACACCCCCUGUGGUAGCUCGUAUUGCCCAGCUCAAGGGUGAGUGUCCAGCUAUCUUUGCCUGGGAGAUCCGUCAUCAGUUAUAUGCUGAAGGGCUCUGCACCAAAGACAGGACACCCAGCGUCUCCUCCAUCAAUCGCAUUCUGAGGGCCUUACAAGAGGACAAGAGGCUUCCUUGGGCCCAACUCACACUGCCAGAUUUCCCUGCUCCAGGUCUCUACUUUCCUCACAGUGGUUCUGAGACACCCCAGGCGGUCAAGCCAGGCACACGCCAGCGAAAUCGAACUGUCUUCUCUCCAUAUCAGGCUGCUGCCCUGGAAAAAGAGUUCCAGAGGGCACAGUAUCCUGAUCCAGCUACCCGGGGAAAGCUAGCUGCUGCCACCUCUCUGCCUGAGGCUACAGUGAAGGUUUGGUUUUCCAAUCGAAGAGCCAAAUGGCGAAGGGAAAAGAAAUUGAAGUGGGAAACUCAAUUUCCAGGCAUACUAAGUCCACAGUCCCCAACUUAUCAAUCUUCCUGCCACCUAGUCCACCCAUGCCCCUUUUCCCAGCUUUCUCACCAUAUCCUCCCCUCCCCCAUUGGUCAAAGAGAAUCAGUCUCUACCCUUACCUUACUCACCCUGCUCUUCCCAGCUCCGUGUUCUGAGGAAAACUGGUCCAAUCUUGGAGCUGCUUCUCAGGGUCUAGCCUCACAAGAUACUUCAAAAUGGACCACUUCUGCACAGCCCCCACCCAGUCUUCCUAUGCCUCCUCUUCUUGCCCCUGAACCCUCAGAACCUCAUCACUAUCAACUGUGCUUGGGGACAGCAUUAGGAAGACAUAUGAUCAAUGCCUUACCCAGUGUCUGGCAAGAAUCACGUGGUGGUAAGAACGCAGAACCACCUUCACCUCUUUCCUCCUUUAUUUUCAAGUCUUGCAGUGGGAGGGGCUGA